AUGGCCUCCUUGUCUCCUCGCUACCCCAAAAAGGGGCAAAAUCAACAAACACUGAAUGAACUGAAGCGAAAGAGAGAGGUGGUGGGCAAGUUCCUGCUGUCGGACGCCUCCACGCACCUGCUGGAGUUCAGCAUGGAGAAGCGGCUGCCGCCCAACAGCGAGCUGGUGCAGGCCGUGCUUCGGCUCUUCCAGGAGCCGGUCCCCAAGGCGGCGCUGCGCAGGCCCGGGCUGUCCCCGCGCCACGCCCAGACGAGGGUCACCAUCGAGUGGCUGCGCGUCCGUGAGGACGGCUCCAACCGCACCUCCCUCAUAGACUCCAGGCUGGUGUCCCUCCACGAGAGCGGCUGGAAGACACUGCUGCUGCUGGUGUCGGUGCACAGGGAGCACCUGGUCCCCGGGGCGUCCAGCGCGCACAAGCUGGUGCGGUUUGCCCCGCAGGGGGAGCCUGGUGGCGUGCAGGACGAGCCGCAGCUGGAGCUGCAUACCCUGGACCUCAAGGAUUACGGAGCUCAGGGCAGUUGUGACCCUGAGGUGCCACUGACUGAGGGCACUCGCUGCUGCCGCCGGGAGAUGUUCGUGGACCUGCAGGGGAUGAAGUGGGCCGAGAACUGGAUACUGGAGCCCCCAGGCUUCGUGGCCCACGAGUGUGUGGGCAGCUGCUGGCAGCUGCCAGAGCCCCUGUCUUUCAAGUGGCCGUUUCUGGGACCACGGCGGUGCAUCGCCUCGGAGAUGGCCGCAUUGCCCAUGAUCGUCAGCAUCCAGGAGGGAGGCAGGAUCAGGCCCCGGGUGGUCAGCCUGCCCAACAUGAGGGUGAAGCAGUGCAGCUGUGCCCAGUGGCCUUGAGCCAUAGGUGCCUGUGUGGUCCCAGGGGACUUGGCUUCUGGGUGUGUGUCCGAAGUGUUCCAGGGCACCAGGUCAGAUGGAGCAUACUGACUGCUAAGGGGCAAACGCUGUGCUGUCCACUAAGUCUGGCAUUUGCUUCCUCUGACAGUCAGCUCGUCGAGUCAGCUCCCAGGAUUGAGACCCUGGCCGUGGAGUAGCUCUCGUCCAGUGUUCUCUGUUCUUCCUCCUUGGCUGCAGCAUACCCUAAGCGCUUAGAUGUGUUGAUACUGGAACCUCAGGGCAGAGGGACCAAGGUGUCCUGAUUUCCUGUCCCGUCACAGAGUGUGGGCUGGCCUCCAGCCACUACUUUGGAGCUAAUUCCUCAGAUCAAGUGUGGGCUGUGCCUCCCCUUACAUGGGCUUUGCAACACACAAAACAAAUUUAUUCUGUUAACUUUGUCUUUCUCUAUUUUAUCUAAAGCCCUACAAGCUGGGAAGGGAAUGGAAAGUUCUACAGUGAUUGGGGCUAGCUGACGGAGAAUGAAGCAAGGAGCUUGGCUUCGUCAAGGUCUUGGUUCAGCAAUACCAGAAGCCAGGACUCAAAUGCAUUCGGAUUCUAGUGGCCGUGAUGCCUGUGAGACACGUCUUUUUGUUGUUGAUGGUCUUGUUGCAUAGUGAUUGGAUGUUAUUUCAACUGCUUACAUCAACAAUUUAAAAAGCUGAUUAUCAGAACAAUCGUUGACACAAGGAUGUGGGUCAGCACUUUAGAUUUUGGGCACAGAGAGUCGAUUUUCACAGCGUUGGAUCUCACAGUAUAGAACGCCAAGAGCACAGGGGCUUCAAGUCUGUGACUUUGACAUGGAGUCUGGGCCUGGGGCUCAGACAUCUUGGGUUCUUUGCCAGUCUGCACAGCCCUUUUUAGCUAUAAAUUCAGUGUCUUCCAUGAGGCCGCCCAGUGGGGCUGGGGGUCUGUGGGCCCCUGCAGACACAGGUAGAACGUCCUUCACAUGCAAGCUGUCAGCUGUGGCUGGAAAGCCUGUCUCCAGGCCAACCGGCAUCUCCCCCACUAACAGCCCCUUGUGCUGCACGUGUGACCUUGCAGCCCGAAAUCACACCUUCAGGGUGGCUGCAGUCUUUCACCCUCAGCUGGCAGGGCAGGGGCUGAGUCCCUGGGGAGAGUUGGACUGGCUCUAAGAGACCCUGGCUAUCUUGUGUGACCUUGUGGUUUUAAAUCAUGUAAUUUAGUUGCAAUCUUCCACCCAGAGCUAGCAGAGGAGGGGGCUGAGCCCCUAGGAGACGGACAGUCUCCUGGAGACCCUCACUGUUUCCUUGAGCCCCAAGCCAAUCAACAUAUGUAUGUGAGACCCCUGUCCAAUGGGACCCCCAGUAGGAUGACCCAGUGAACAGAUACCAAUGCCUUAGAAACCCAGGACACCUCCUCAAAGCCAGUGUCCCGCUCGGGCACUCUG